UUGCAAUGUUUUCAUCUCCAUCUCUUUCGGACAUCAUUCACGAGAUCUGUAAAUUGUUUUAGGAGCUGUCGGGUACAUCCUGGUUAUGUGAGACAAAUUGCUGCGAGCCCAACAGAGCCUACAAAACUUCUUAUCGGGUACGACAAGGGUGUCGUGGUACAGUGGAACCUUCUAACCAAGGAAAUCGACCGGUUUCCCCUUGACCCACCAAUCAAAUGUUUCUGCUGGCAUUAUGAUGGAAAGCUGGUGAUAACCGGUAAUGUGGAUGGUUCGAUAUGCGUGUAUAAUAUGAAGAAAACGAGUGAGCCGCAGCAGAAGUCAUUUCCACAUGGACAAGGCCCUUGUCGACCGAUCACCAUGAUUGAUUGGAAGCAUAACAAUGAUAACGAUCAUUUAGUUAUUUUUUCCGGAGGCAUGUCCACCGAAGAUGGUUUACCCGUGCCUGUGCUUACGUUUUUACGCCCAUCUAAAUCCGCCACUGUUCUAGAAAUGGACCAUCCCAUAUUGUCAUUUGUUACAUUGCCACAAGUUCCCUAUGUUUCGUGCCCACAGCAACCACAUGCUUUAGCUGUUUUAUUGAAGGGCGAGUUAAUGAUGUUCGAUUUAAUUACGUCAGGGUACCCCUGUAUUGAAUCCCCACAUGCUAUGGAUUUGCAUGAAGCUCAAAUUACCGCUGUCGCCUAUUAUGCGGAUUGCCCCAGCGACCUAAUUGGUGCACUAACUCUUGUAGGGUGUAAGCAAAGGAAGAAAGGAUUUAGCGAUAGGGUAGGCCUCAGUGAUUAUGAAUUUCGUCUACCAUGGCCUGUGAACGGCGGAGUCGGAAGGGAAUGCGCAGCUGGCCACCAGGAGCUGAUCAUUACUGGGCACAAAGAUGGUACAGUAAGAUUUUGGCAAGCAUCUGGUGAAAACCUCCAAAUUCUUUAUCGAUUGAAAACUGCAACUCAUUUUGAGCGGCUUGAAGAAUUGGAAGGAUCCGAACUAGUCUCGCAUGCUGUGAAAUCUAUAGAAUUAUGUGUU